AUGCGACCUGUGUGUAGAUACUCCCCCUUCUAUUCCCUUCCUUGUACCUCCUGCUGCAGCUUGCCUAAUGUACACAAUUGCUCCUUCCUGCUCCUCCCUGCCCCUCUCUGCUCCUUCCUGCUCCUCCCUGCCAAUCUCUGCUCCUUCCUGCUCCUCCCUGCCCCUCUCUGCUCCUUCCUGCUCCUCCCUGCCCCUCUCUGCUCCUUCCUGCUCCUCCCUGCCCAUCUCUGCUCCUUCCUGCUCCAUUCCCGUUGCCUCAUCCUCUUCCUCAUCCUCUUCUGCCUCUUCCUGCUCCAUCUUUUCAUUCCUCCUGUGGCAGGUGUUGGAAGGGCUGAUGUAUCUGCACGAGCAGGGCACUAUUCACUGCGACUGGUGACUCCACUCACCACUCGUUCCUCUCUCCCCCAUCGCGUUCCCCAUCCUCCCCCCUUCCCCAUCCCUCCUUCUGUGGCAGGUGCUGGAGGGGCUGAUGUACUUGCACGAGCAGGGCAUCAUCCACUGCGACAUCAAGGGCGCCAACAUCCUCACCACCAAAGAGACCAUGCUGGAUGGCUCAACUUGCUCAAUCGUCCGCAACCACCAACCUCCCCUUCCUCUCAAACCCCCCCUCUCCUCCCCCCUCUCCUCCCCCCCUUCCUCCCCUCUCCCCUCGCCCUCUUUCCGAGAGUUAGUCAUGUAGUCCUCUUCCUCCCUCCUCCCUGGUUCACACCCCUCCCACCACCCGCAGAGGGCCUGGUGAAGCUGGCGGAUUUCGGGGUGGCGAUACGGGUGGAGGAGGCGGCGGCGUGCCAUGGGGACGCGGAGAACCCCAACGUGGUGGGCACGCCCUACUGGAUGGCGCCCGAGGUCAUCGAGAUGUCCGGCAUCUCGCCCGCCUCCGACAUCUGGAGCGUCAAUACCUGCGGCCUGGUGAAGCUGGCGGAUUUCGGGGUGGCGAUACGGGUGGAGGAGGCGGCGGCGUGCCAUGGGGACGCGGAGAACCCCAACGUGGUGGGCACGCCCUACUGGAUGGCGCCCGAGGUCAUCGAGAUGUCCGGCAUCUCGCCCGCCUCCGACAUCUGGAGCGUCAAUACCUGCGGCCUGGUGAAGCUGGCGGAUUUCGGGGUGGCGAUACGGUUGGAGGAGGCGGCGGCGUGCCAUGGGGACGCGGAGAACCCCAACGUGGUGGGCACGCCCUACUGGAUGGCGCCCGAGGUCAUCGAGAUGUCCGGCAUCUCGCCCGCCUCCGACAUCUGGAGCGUUGGCUGCACUGUCAUUGAGCUCCUCACCACCAAGCCGCCCUACUUCGACCUCCAGCCCAUGCCCGCGCUCUUCCGCAUUGUUCAGGACGACCUGCCGCCCUUACCAGAGAAUGUGUCCGCUGCCACGUCGGACUUCCUCCACCUCUGCUUCCGUAAGGACACCAAGAGCCGCCCGGACGCCAAGACUCUCCUGCGGCAUCCUUGGAUCCAUGCUCCAUCUCAAGCGGGGGCAGGCAGGGGCAGCGACGAGGCAGCAGCCAUAGACGACUCAAUCGAUGCCGCCAGGCGUGUGCACGCUACCUCCCACGCCUCCUCCUCCUCCUCCCCACCUGUCACCCUCUCCGCGUCCUCUCCGGACAGCGAGCGACGUGACCGGAAAAUCCACCUGCAAGCGGACGCUGUGAAGGACCUGAGGGAGGCAGCCAAGGCGGCGCGCAAGUCACGGGCGCAGCGACACUCCAUGGGCGGCAGCAUUGACUCUGGCGCCCCCUCUGACCGACCCGGGACUGCAGAAGACGCUGGUAGUGGUGGCGUUGGCAGUGGUGGCGGUGGGGGUGGAGGCAGUGGGAUCAGCAGCAGCGGUAUCCCGCUGAGUGGCAGCGGGCGGCGUAAGAUUAUUCGGUCCAAGAGCGACAAGGAGCUGAAUGCGCGAGACAGCGAGGGGCACGCGGAGGGGGGGGCAGGGGGAGCGGGCGGCAAGGACGGGGCGAGGAGGCAGAGGUGGAAGAGCGGGCAGGGGAUGGACGAGGAGGGCAGCAGGGAGUUUAUCAGCAUGCAGGGGGAGGGGGGCGUGUGGGAGGUCUCAGAUGAGGAGGAUGGGCUGGGGAAAGUUAAGGGAGGGAGAAGAGGAGCGGUGAGGGAGAGAGCGGAGGAGGAGGAUAGCAGUGGGGAGAUAGGUUCGGGAGAGGCUCGAGCAGCCGAAGCUGGGGCAGUCGAGCAGCACUGGUGGAGCAGUCUGCCAUCUCCCCCGCGAUCUCACCGGGGGUCACGCUCGCAGCAGCAGUCUCCAGAGGGAGCACAUGGGAGGUCGAGUUUUGAGGCGCCUCAGAAGGUCUCGCGCUCCCAGCAGCAGUCACCGGAGGGAGCACACGGGAGGGCGAGUGGGGGGAGGUCUGGUGGGGAGAACUUUCUGGUCGGGUCUUCAGGGGAGGAGGGUGGGGCGGAUCAGGAGGAUGAGAGAAAUGGCACGCCUGCUGGGAGGAAGGCGAGGCGGAGAUCGCAAGACGGGGACGGGACGGAUCGGGUGGGGGGAACCGGGGCGGAGGGAGGAGGAGCGGGGAAGAAGGGCGCGGGGAAGAAGAAGGAGCAGCGGCGCAGCGGCCCUCUGUCAGCCCCUACGGGCAAAUCAGCAAAGGGAGCAGGGAAGAAGCGAGGCUCACAGCAACAGCAGCAGGCACAGCAAGACGAUGACAGCAACAACGACAACAGUGGCAAUAUUGACCCCGGCAGCAGCAGCAGCCUUAUCGCGCCGCGCACGCCUCCACAGCUCAUUCCCCGACCUCUCUCCACAUUCAUCGAGUCAGAGGAGGAGCGGUCUCUCUCCUCCCUCACAGCCAUGUUCGCGCCUCUGGCAGGGUCACCACAGGUGGCGGGGGGCAGCAGGAGCCUGGCAGGAGUGCUGAGGGAGAGGCUUGUGAGAGGGAUGCACCGUGUGGCUGUGAAGGCGGAGCGCGAGGGGAGUGACCCGUUUGCUGGGGUUGAGGGGCUGGAUGCGGUUGGGAGCGGUGCGGAAAGGGGAGAGGAGGAUGGUGGGGCUGUGGGUGUUGUUGGUGGAGUUGGGGUGGUUGGGGAGUUUGAUUCUGCGGUCUAUGGAGGGGCAGCAGGUGGAGGGGCGGAACGCAAAUCAAGCCUGCGGCCAGAGUUGCUUAACCAGAAGGUGUCGGAGGCAGCGGGCCUGCUGAGCCAGCUGAAGCCGUGGCAGGUAUCGGAGGCAGCGGGGUUGCUGAGCCAACUGAAGCCGUCGCAGGGAGAGGAGGCGAUAGAGGUGGCGAGCAGCAGGCUGGCGGGGCUGGUGGGGGAGUACCCCGAGGUCAAGGGGGAGCUCGUGGCCUCCCAUGCCGUGCUGCCGCUGCUCGAUGUGUUUGAUGCUGACAGCCCCCGGAUAGUGUUGGCAGUGCUGAGACUGCUGCAGCAGCUCAUCACUGACAGCCCUGCCAUCCAGAGCCUGCUCUGCAAUGCUGGCCUCGUGAGUAACCUAGUUUGA